UUGGGUGUUGUGCUAAACUUCCGAUUGACUGGAGCGACGUCGAGCUCACUUAGCCGAAGAGAAAGCACUCUUUAUUGUUUUUAUCCAGGUUCAUACCGUCGACCAGGCAGUCAUGUCUAGUCGCGAAGCCCUCAACAUGAAGCUCCCUCCGAUCCAGUCCACGGCCGGAGCCGUGCCGAUCCGGAACGAGAAAGGUGAGCUCUCCAUGGAGAAGGUGAAAGUCAAGAGGUAUGUGUCGGGUAAACGUCCAGACUACGCGCCGAUGGAGUCGUCAGAUGAGGAAGAAGAGGACUUCCAGUUUGUGAAGAAGGGAAAGGAAAUGGAGCCGGAGGUGGAGCUGGAGGAAGAGGAGGUUUCUGACCCGCGUCUCAAGCGUUUGCUCAACCGUGUCUCUGAGGACGUGGAGGAGAGGCUGGCGAGACACCGACAAAUCGCAGAGCCUGAAGUUGUGGCUGAAAGUAGCGAGGACUCAGAUGAAGGCACAUGGCACCCGGAGCGUGAGGAGAGUAGUGAGGAAGAAGAGGAGGAGGAAGAAGAAGAAGUGGAUGAUGAGGAAAUCGAGAGGAGACGAGCGAUGAUGCGUCAGCGAGCCACUGAGAGGAAGAACGAGGAGAUGGAGGUGAUGGAGGUGGAGGAGGAAGGAAAGUCUGGGGAGGAGUCAGAGUCUGAGUCUGAAUAUGAAGAAUAUACAGACAGCGAGGAUGAAGCUGAGCCACGACUCAAACCCGUCUUCAUCCGCAAGAAGGACAGAGUAACAGUGGCGGAGCGUGAAGCAGAAGAACAGAGGCAGAGAGAGCUGGAGGCCGAAGCCAAGAGGCAGGCGGAGGAGCGACGGCGCUACACCCUUAAGAUUGUGGAGGAAGAAGCUAAGAAGGAGUUUGAGGAGAACCGGCGCACUCUGGCUGCUCUGGACGCCCUGGACACCGAUGGAGAGAACGAGGAGGAAGAAUACGAAGCCUGGAAGGUCAGAGAGCUGAAACGCAUCAAGAGGGACAGAGAGGCCCGAGAAGUCAUGGAGAAGGAGAAGGCUGAAAUUGACAGAUUCCACAACCUGACGGAGGAGGAGCGCAGAGCUGAGCUCCGAAACAGCGGCAAGCUGGUCACCAACAAAGCCUCCAAAGGCAAAUACAAGUUCCUCCAGAAGUACUACCACAGAGGAGCCUUCUUCAUGGAUGAAGAGGAGGACGUGUACAAGAGAGACUUCAGUGCACCAACUCUGGAGGAUCAUUUCAACAAAACCAUCUUACCCAAAGUCAUGCAGGUCAAAAACUUUGGUCGGUCUGGACGCACCAAAUACACCCAUCUGGUGGAUCAGGACACCACGUCGUUCGACUCAGCCUGGGCCCAGGAGAGCGCUCAGAACAGCAAGUUCUUCAAGCAGAAGGCGGCAGGCGUGAGGGACGUGUUUGACAGACCCACAGUGAAGAAGAGGAAGACUUAAGAUGGACACGAAAUGAAAAGGAUAUCACCAGACAGAGAGCAGCUACACAGACUGAACAGAGACUGAGCUGCCAGUUGUCUUUUCUGUGGAAGGAAAUCAGCAGAUUGACUGAUUCCACCACUCUGAUGAUCCGUUUAUCCACCAGGAAGCUGCAGCAUCGGUGUUGCCAACUCCAAGUCUAUUUUAAGGGAGUUUCUUCGAAGUGAGGUUGUAUGAGGUAGUGAUUUGUUUUUUUUAAUAUGUCACAGCAAAUCACUACCGUAACAUAAAAAAUACAAUAUAUGGAAGUGUAUUCUAUAUUUAGAAUAUUGUUCCUGUUUUCCCUUGCGGUCAGAAAGCCCUCUCCUUUGGCACUACUUUUUCAACUGUAGUAGUAGUACACUGUAGUACAUGGAUGGAACUACAUGCCCUCCGGUGUACUACAGCACUAAUGCAGAUCCACCUAUCCACAUUAAUAUGGUAGUUCUAUGGUUGUGAAAAUGUAGUACCAAAGGGAAGAGCUAUCUGCCAGCAAGGGAGUGAGAAUAUUCUAAAUAUAGCAUACACCUAAACGAAUACUGACUUUUCAGGUGGGUAAACUACAUCAGAUAAGACACUGACUAUGGGUAAGUACUUCAUACAACUCCACCUCUAAGAAACCAAACCAUCCCUUUAAGAUGUCACAAGCUCAAGAUUUUUCAAAACCUACAAACCUGUACAACACCCCGAUUCUCCCUUCAGUUUUAAGCAGGGGCUUGUAAAUAAUCCGCUCGUCAUGAUAUUUAGUAGCAGAUUCACCCAGUUUUGUGAAAAUACACGUGUUGUAACUUGAUUUGUUGGAAUAAAAGUUGUAUCUGGAUAUUUUUUUUUUUUUUUUUUAACAAAACAGAGAAGAAAGCAGCAGGCAAACUGUUGACUUUUAUUUUAAAAAAAGAAAAAAAUAAACAGUUGACAGCA